AUGGAUUCAAAUAACCCUACACCUAUCACACCUACUACACCUACUACAUCAUUCGCAAAGCGCUCUUCUACUUUUUCUAACGGAGUUUCUCCACCUUUAGAUCCUCCCAUAUUACAUAUUCUUUCGGGAAUUCUAAGGGACUUGCAGUUUCUUAACACACAACGGUAUAUUUCAGACUUUGCACUUCAGGAAAUAAUAGAAAGACUACCAAAGCCUGCUUUACCUGCUGCUACACAUUCACCAGCCGUACUUUCACCAAGGAGUUCUCCUGUACCUGUACCUCAAGUAGGGUCGCCAGCUCCUUCUGUACAUUCUGAACAAUCAAAAGUAGAUUCCGAACUUGUACACUCUGAAUCAAAAAACACAUCUAUACGAGAGAUACAAUAUUUACAUUCUCAAAGUGCUACAGAUUCUCAAUCACCUUUGUCAUCUAUAAACGAUCAACAAGAGCAUAAACCAGAAAUACCUGGCAAAGAGGACCUUGAUCAACCUACUCCAAUCUCCGAAACAACUACUAGUAUUCCAAUCUCCGAAACAACUACUAGUACUCCAAUCUCCGAAACAACUAUUAGAACUCCAACUCCAAGAUAUUCUAUGUCGCGAGGUCCUCUACCAUGUCCACCAAAUUCGACAAAUAAUACUCCUCCACAGCACCCUACAGUGCCACCUAAUUUCAUCAGUAAACAACAAGAAGCUGAAUUUUAUGCUAAUCAAAAUAGGACUCCAAAAAUACAUGAUAUGUUACCUGCUUAUAGUCCUCAAAUUGUUGAAGCUCAAUGGGAUUUCAAUGGAUCUGAUACUGGUGAUUUGAGCUUCAAAAAAGGUGAUCACAUAGAAGUAACUGAGCAUGUUAACGAUGACUGGUGGCGUGGCCGUGUUAAAGGCAAAGAUGCAGUUGGUAUAUUCCCAAGAGUUUACACAAAAAGUUUAAUACAAAUGGCCCAGCAGACGAAGAUCACAAAUUCAAAUCAACGUAGAACUUCAACGUCUUCGUCUCGUUCUUUACAACAAAAUAUCUUACCAACAACUAGUCGUGCUCAACAAUUAUCUCAGGUUCCUGUGCAAUUACAACCUCAACAACCUUUAAAUCGUCAAGGUUCUCCUCAAAUAAAUCCAUAUAUAAGUUAUCAAAUUCCACUUACGUCUCAACCAAAUUCCACUUAUUAUUUGCAAAAUAAUCAAUUUUAUAAUCAAUCAACGCAUUCUGGUGGUUCUAAAAAUUAUUAA